AUGAUGGCUAUGAGUGAGGCUCUGGUACAUGACAGGAUCACUCUCUUGCAGGUAUGGCUGAAGGUCCUGCUCUUUCCUUCUGGAUGGCUCCUGAUUUGGUGCGCUGAGUACAAAAGCCUUCCAGAAGUAGUGAUACCCUUGAGGGUAACUGUCCCCAAUAAAGACAUGAGUCCUGCCAGCUGGAUAUCCUAUAGCCUGCACUUUGGAGGCCAGAGACACACUAUCUCCAUGAAGUCCAAGAAUUUUUUGUUAUCUAGACAGCUCUCUGUGUUCACAUAUAGUGACCAAGGUGACCUCUCUGAGGCAAGACCUUUUGUCCAGGAUGAUUGUUACUACCUUGGUUUUGUGGAAGGAAGCCCAGAAUCCAUGGUUGCUCUUAACACCUGUUUUGGGGGCAUUCAAGGAACAUUACAGAUAAAUGACACAGUUUAUGAAAUUAAGCCCAAGAGUUCCUCUUCCACAUUUGAACAUCUGGUUUACAAGAUAGACAUGGAGGAAACGCAAUUACUCCCCAUGAGAUGUGGAUUAACAGAUGAAGAAAUAUCAGGGCAACUGAGACUUCAAAAAAAUGAUAAGCCCACUUUAAUGCAAGGCUUCUAUGGGACAUGGUGGACUCAUAGAAAGUAUAUUAAAUUGGCAUUGGUUAUAGAUCAUAAACAAUACCUUUAUCGAGGACGUAAUACUUCUCUUGUGAUAAAAGAUGUAUUCAAUAUUAUGGUGUGGCUAAACAUCUUUUUAUUUCCAGUGGAUAUUAAUGUGUCUUUAAUUGGACUUUAUAUUUGGACUAAGGGCAACCCUAUACCAGUAAAAGAUAUACAUACUCUCCUGCCAGAAUUUUGUAAGUGGAAGAGAGAAAACCUUAAGUCUCACAUACCAUAUGAUAUUGCACAUCUGUUUGUGAAUUAUAAUUUUACUAGCUAUUUUGGAAUAGCCUAUGUUGGAACAAUAUGUAAUGAUACAUUUGGUUGUGGAGUUGAUAGUCUUUUGGGAGAUAAUUUCUCUACCAUUGGUCAUAUUGUGGCACAUGAGAUAGGUCACAAUCUGGGCAUGCCACAUGAUGGGAUAUUUUGCACAUGUGGAGGGGAACCAUGUUUUAUGUCUGCUACAACAAAUACAUCCAGAAAAUUCAGCAACUGUAGCUAUGCUCUGUUGUGGGAACACACAGCCAAAACAAGUUGCAUGCACAGUAAGCCCAGCCCUUCGGAUAUCUUCCCAUUGAAGUUCUGCGGGAAUCGUGUGAUUGAUGAAGGCGAGGAGUGCGACUGUGGAACCUCUGAAGAAUGUGAAUAUAGUCUCUGUUGCCUGCCUGACUGUACUCUGAAGUCUGGCGCUUCUUGCCAUACUGGCCUAUGCUGCAGCAACUUAUGCAAAAUCCAGCCAUCUGGCACUCUGUGUAGAGUAGAAGAGAAUGAAUGUGACCUUCCAGAAUGGUGCAAUGGAACUUCACAUGAGUGCCCUGAGGAUAUGUUUAAACAGGAUGGGAGCUCUUGCCGUGAUGGUGGCUACUGCUAUAAAAAAAGAUGUAACAGCCAUGAUUUACACUGCCGGAGAAUUUUUGGCAAGAAUGCCAGCAAAGCAUCUGACAGUUGCUACAAGGAAAUGAACACUCGUGGUGAUCGUUUUGGUAACUGUGGAAUCAUAGACAAUGCAUAUGUGAGAUGUAAUAUUUCAAACAUCCUCUGUGGGAGAAUUCAGUGUAAAGAAGUGAAAGGUCUUCCCAUUUGGAGUAAUCAUUAUACCGCACAUUCGACUCAUUUCAACAAUGUCACCUGCUGGGGUACUGACUACCAUCUUGGGAUGAACAUCCCUGACCUUGGUGACAUAAAAGAUGGCACACACUGUGGUCCAGAACAUGUGUGCAUUAACAGAGAGUGUGUCAAGACAAUUUGGACAAGUAAUUGUUCACCACAGACCUGCAACUUGCAAGGAGUCUGCAAUAACAAACAUCACUGCCAUUGCAAUGAUGGCUGGAGCCCACCACACUGUCAGGUAAAGGGCACUGGAGGGAGUAUUGACAGUGGUUCACCUGGAGACAAAAAGAAGGAACAGGAUAAGGACAAGGAGAAAGAGGAGGAGGAA